UAACUAUAACCGAUUUGAAUCCAGAAAACAGCGAUAAAAAUGGCUCGAGCAGGUGGAAUAACGAAUGCAGUAAACGUAGGGAUAGCCGUGCAAGCUGACUGGGAGAAUCGAGAGUUCAUCUCUCACAUCUCUCUCAACGUUCGUCAACUCUUUGACUUUCUCGUUCAAUUCGAAGCUACGACAAAGAGCAAACUGGCGUCUCUAAAUGAGAAACUUGAUAGCCUAGAGCGUCGGCUAGAAUUGCUUGAAGUACAAGUUAGUACUGCUACGGCCAACCCGAAUUUAUUCAAGACUUGAUUCUACACGAUAAUGGCAUUGUAGAAAGAAGCUAAGGGCUUCCAGACUGCCUAGAGAUUAGAGAACUCACAGAUGUGUUAAGUGUGGCAGGGAAGUAAGCAAGUCUGGAAUCCUUCCCAUGAACUCAUUGUUUCUUAGGUCCCUAUAAUAUUGUAAAUAUGAUUAUUUGCUUCUGUUAUCAAGUUGAAUUGUAAUAUUUAACUGCUCAAUAUUGAUUUAUGGAAAGAAGGAUACAUUGAGGUGAGAACAGAAGAAGAUGGGAACACAGGAAUCCUGUCGUUGA